AUGCCAGCAGAUGCCAGUGUUUUCGAUCAGUGGGAAGACGGGAUAGAGUUAAGAAAGGUGCGAGACAUCCAGAGCGAUGACUUGAGUGAUGUUUUAUGGGGAGAUCAGGAUGAGGAGCAAGUCCAGAAAGUGUUUAAAAGAUUCCUGUUUCAUUACUCUAAAGCACGCAACUCUAUCGGAGCCAUGAAGCAACCUGUGCUCUCCAGAGGAGACAGCAAGCAAAUGUCUCACUCAGUUCAUCCUCUGAUGAGGCUUUUCCCCAAACUCUCCCAGAGGAGGAAGAAGAACAUGGUGCUUUUGAUUCGAGGUCUGCCGGAGGAUAUGUUGUAGAAGAAUAAUCUACGAACAGGAAUGCAGCUUAAAUAUGAAUCUACGGACGGAGCGACGUGCUGCAUCUGACAGAGAAAUUACUUUUUGAUAACAGAAAAUAAAUGAUUGUACAGCUGGAAAACAUAGAGACUGCUCCACCAUGUCGAUGAUGUGGGGCGCUACCGAACACUAAUUGUUGCACAGUUACACAACACAAGGGUACGCAGAAUACAAACAAACAAUAACAGUCACACAAACAACCCAAAAAAUGAGAAUUAAGGGAAAAAGAUGGCACCGAUGAUUGUGGCAAAGAGCUGAACUCACAUUUAAUUCAACAGACUUAAAUGUACAGGUACAAUUUGUGACAUGAUUAUCAUGAAAACGUAAUAAAAAAGUUACAAUUUGUCUUUGACGUGUUUGUAAAUAUUCAGGUGAUGGAG